CUGUGCGAUAGGGAACUGAGUGGAUCGCGCUGGUGGAUCCGUUGCUGAAGGAAUCCCAAGGCAGUUAAUUAUUGCCUCUCUCACUCCCCCAGGACGCUGCUUUCUUCGUUCCAGCAACAAUCUCACUUCUUGCCUCUGGACACUCUUCUCAGAUCCAUAUAUAUCUGACACUUGUCGCGUUCCGUAGUUGGGAGCGAGAGUCAAGAUCGCAGAGCGCGCUGUUUCCCACAGAUUCGCGGUCGUUACCCCAGACUUAUCGGCCGAGAUGAGCAAACCCGGGGAUUAUGAUGCUGUCCGCAAGGACAUCAUCGCCCAGCUGAAGAAGCCCGACUAUGAUGACGGCAGCACUGGUCCUAUCUUUGUGCGUCUCGCAUGGCACUCCGCUGGUACCUAUGAUCAGGAGACUGAUACUGGCGGCUCGAACGGUGCGGGCAUGCGUUACGAGCAGGAGGGAGGUGACCCUGCCAAUGCAGGUCUCGAGCACGCACGUGCAUUCCUUGAACCCGUGAAGGCACGGCACCCUUGGAUCACAUACUCGGACCUGUGGACGCUGGCGGGCGUCACCGCACUCAAGGAGAUGGGAGGACCCGACGUGGACUGGAAGCCCGGCCGAACGGACUAUGUCGAUGACUCCAAGCUGCCGCCCCGCGGCCGUCUGCCAGAUGGCGCCCAGGGAGCAGACCACAUUCGACACAUCUUCUAUCGGAUGGGCUUCAACGACCAGGAGAUCGUUGCGCUCUCAGGCGCUCACAACCUGGGCCGCACACACAAGGACCGCAGUGGCUUCAACGGUCCUUGGGUCAACAACCCGACCCGCUUCUCGAACCAGUACUUCAAGCUGCUGCUAAACCUGGAGUGGAAGCUCACGACGUUGGACAACGGCUUCAAGCAGUUCAUCUAUGUCGAUGAAGAUCUCCCUGAAGACGAGCAGGAUGAGCCGUUGAUGAUGCUGCCCACCGACAUGGCGCUGGUCUCCGAUCCUGGUUUCGAGCCCUGGGUGCGCAAGUAUGCUGAGGACAAGGACUUGUUCUUUGACCACUUCGCAAAGGCGUAUGGUAAGCUCCUCGAGCUUGGCAUACGGAGAGAUGAGAAGGGCAACAUCACCAACACCGACAACAAGCUGGGUGGUUAUAUCUCGGCGCCCAAGAAGAGCGACCUGCCUGGGGGACCCAUGGCCGACGACAAGAAGCAGCGAAUUGCCCGGCGUGCCAAGCUUUAGAUGUUUCUUUUUCUUUGUUUUUCACCUUCGCAUAUGUGGAUAUAAUAGACAGCAGGAUACCUUUGGAUAGGACAAUAUGUAUGUGAACUAGCUUCUUAUGAGCUUCAUGUCAGUCAUUCUCAUCAUCGACCACAUCAUCUCCAACAAGAGCGGUAUAAAAGAGUCGUAUCGAUCUAAGAUCUUUCGUGUUCAAAUCACCGACUGAAUCGAGAAUCAAUCCUCCGUAGCCGAUUCAAGACAUGAUUCUCAACAAAAAACAGUCAAAGUCAAGAACUGUAUGAUGACAAAGGACCCCGGAAAAGAAGACAAAAACAAACCGAAGGGGUUCGAGAGCAUAAGGGGGCGAUAUAAAUAAGACGCCCAGUCUUGAAAUGCGGAGAGCAGAAUGCGGGGAAAGCGGGAGACCCGCAGCCACCAAGAAUUUCCCUCGGCG